AUGAGAGAUGAAAUCGCAACAGCAGUUUUCUUUGUCACAAGACUGGUGAAAAAGCAUAAUAAACUGAGUAAACAGCAAGUAGAAAACUUCGCAGAAAAGCUGAUGACUAUCUUGUUUAAAACAUACAGAAGCCACUGGCAUUCUGAGUGUCCUUCUAAAGGGCAAGCCUUCAGGUGUAUCAGGAUAAACAAUAAUCAGAAUAAAGAUCCCAUUCUACAGAGGGCUUGUGCUGAAAGUAAUGUGAAAUUUUCUCACCUGGGACUUCCAAAGGAGAUGACCAUAUGGAUAGAUCCCUUUGAAGUUUGCUGUAGGUAUGGUGAGAAAAAUCACCCAUUUACAGUUGCUUCUUUCAAAGGCAGAUGGAAGGAAUGGGAGCUUUCCCAAAAAGUCCUGGAUGCUGUCAGUAAAGCCUCACUAGACUACUCCUCAGGCACUUCCUCCGAUGAAGAAAGUUGUAACAAAGAGCCCCGGCUAAUUCCUAAAGUCAGCAAUCCGAAGAGUAUUUAUCAGGUUGAAAACUUGAAACAGCCCUUUCAUACUUGGUUCCAAAUCCCCCCCAAAAAGAACAGAGUGGAUGGCCGUCUGGGACACCUGAAAAAUGCUUAUCACAUGCUGCACAAGAACCCCAAGGGUCAUAAGCCUGGGGCUGUUUGCCAGGUAGACAGGUACCACUGGGUCAACACCAAUUUGAUGGUCAUCAUCUGGAAGCGGGCCAGCCUGGGCUCAGGCAGUAAUGGGAAAAUGGACAAGUUGGGAUCUCUGGGCCAAGAGUCAGGGUCCCUGGAGCAUGGAGAGAGAAUCACGGUCAGAACAGAAACCAAGAGAAAGUAUCAGAGCUACAGGACCAUUGGAGAUGAAAACCUCGGGUCCACUCACCACCACUAG